GUUACUCACUUAUGUCAUGGAUGCAGGCUGAUUUUCCUCCUUCGUCAGGAUCCUUCUGAGGAAAAGAAAUACAAACCUGCAGAAUUCCACUGGAAGCUGAAUCAGGUCUGUGAUGAGGAUUGGCAUCACUUCGUCCUCAAUGUGGAGCUCCCAAGUGUGACACUCUACGUGGAUGGUGUUUCUCAUGAGCCCUUCUCUGUGACUGAAGAUUACCCGCUUCACCCAACCAAGAUAGAGACUCAGCUCGUGGUUGGCGCUUGCUGGCAAGAGUAUUCAGGAAUUGAAAAUGACAAUGAAACUGAGCCUGUGACUGUGGCCUCUGCAGGUGGCGACCUACACAUGACACAGUUUUUCCGAGGCAACCUGGCUGGUCUAACAGUCCGCCCUGGGAAACUGGCGGAUAAGAAGGUGAUUGACUGUCUGUACACCUGCAAAGAGGGGCUGGACCUGCAGGUCCCCGAAGACAGUGGCAAAGGCGUGCAGAUCCAGGCCAGCCCCAGUCAGUCGGUGUUGACCUUGGAGGGAGAUGACAUUGGGGAGUUGGAUAAGGCCAUGCAGCGCGUCUCCUACCUGAACUCACGGCAGUUCCCCACACCUGGCAUCCGAAGGCUCAAAAUCACCAGCACAGUCAAGUGUUUUAACGAGGCCGCUUGCAUCACAGUCCCCCCAGUCGAAGGCUAUGUGGUGGUUUUGCAGCCCGAGGAGCCCAAGAUUAGCCUGAGUGGUGUACACCAUUUCGCCCGAGCGGCUUCUGAAUUUGAGAGCUCAGAAGGCGUUUUCCUGUUUCCUGAGCUUCGGAUCAUUAGCACCAUCACCAGAGAAGUGGAGCCCGAAGGGGAUGGGGCUGAGGACCCCACAGUUCAAGAGUCCCUGGUGUCCGAGGAAAUCGUGCACGACCUUGAUACCUGUGAGGUUACGGUGGAGGAGGAGGAGCUGAACCCAGAUCACGAGAGGCUGGAGGUGGAUGUGGCCUGCCUGCAGCAGAAGGGCAUCGAAGUGAGCCACUCUGACCUGGGUGUGGUAUUCACAGGCGUGGACACCAUGGCCAGUUACGAGGAGGUUCUGCACCUUCUGCGCUAUCGGAACUGGCAUACUAGAUCCCUGCUUGACCGGAAGUUCAAGCUCAUCUGCUCUGAGCUAAAUGGCCGCUACCUCAGCAACGAAUUUAAAGUGGAGGUAAAUGUGAUCCACACAGCCAACCCCGUGGAACACGCCAACCACAUGGCUGCCCAGCCACAGUUUGUUCACCCUGAACAUCGCUCCUUUGUGGACCUGUCAGGCCACAACCUGGCCAACCCUCACCCAUUCGCAGUGGUCCCCAGUACUGCGACUGUUGUGAUUGUGGUGUGUGUCAGCUUCCUGGUUUUCAUGAUUAUCCUGGGAGUAUUUCGGAUCCGGGCAGCACAUCAGCGAACCAUGAGGGACCAGGACACAGGGAAGGAGAAUGAGAUGGACUGGGACGACUCUGCCUUGACGAUCACCGUGAACCCCAUGGAGACAUAUGAGGACCAGCACAGCAGUGAGGAGGACGAGGAAGAGGAGGAGGAGGAGGAGAGUGAGGAUGGGGAAGAGGAGGAGGACAUCACCAGUGCUGAGUCAGAGAGCAGUGAGGAGGAGGAGGGGGUCCCAGGAGAUGGCCAGAAUGCUACCCGGCAGCAACAGUUGGAGUGGGAUGACUCCACGCUCAGCUACUGACCACGUGCCCCCAGCUGCCUGCUCCCGCCUCAGAAGACUGCCACCCCUGUCCC